CAUCCAGUUUCCUGGGGGUGAGUUUUCUUUUAGGAGUCCGGAGGAGAGGUAAGGACUAGGAGCUCAGCACAAGUCGAGGGAUUUCAGAAGGGAAAGGGACAAAACGGGGCCGAUCCCAACCUGGUGUCUUAUCCUGGUUUCCUCAGAAAGACCCUGGGCCAGGCCUCAGGGUGACAAAGAGCGCUCUGUGUAGGUGAGAGGAAUCCGGGCAAAGUCGCGGGUCCCUGGGAAAGACUGGCUUUGAAAGUCCCGGGCUUGAGAUAGGUCUGGGGCGGGAAAGCCCAGUUCCACGCUACUCCGCGCUCAUUUCACUUCUCUCAACCUGUGCCAGGUCUUCUUGCCUGGAUACUCAUGACGCGGCCCCAGUUCGCACUCCCAUUGCUUGUCCUGUGUCUAGAGAAGCCAAUCAGCGUCACCGCGGUCCCUGGCCUGUCCUGGCCACGGACCCGCUGGGACUUCUAUUCUCCAGACCCUGAGGAUGCGGGUCGUGAUGCCCCGAACCCUCCUCUUGCUGCUGUCGGGGGCCCUGGCCGUGACCCAGACCUGCGCGGCCUCGGGGAGCCCCGGUACUUGGAAGUCGGCUACGUGGACGACACACAGUUCGCGCGGUUCGACAGCGACGCCUCGAGUCCGAGGAUGGAGCCACGCGUGCAUUGGUUGAAGCAGGAGGCGCCGGGGUAUUGGGAGCAGGAGACGCGGGGCGCCAAGGACACCGCACAGACUUUCCGACUGAGCCUGAACACGCUGCGCGGCUACUACAACCAGAGCGAAGCCGGGUCUCACACCAUCCAGUGGCUGUCUUCCUGCGAAGUGGGGCCCGAUUGGCGCCUCCUCCGAGGAUACUGGCAGUUCGCCUAUGACGGCGAGGAUUACAUCGCCCUGAACGAGGACCUGCGCUCUUGGACCGCGGCGGACACGGCGGCGCAGAUCACCCGCCGCAAGUGGGAGGCUGCCGGAGCAGCCGAGCAUCAAAGGAACGACCUGCAGGUCACAUGCGUAGAGUGGCUCCGGAAGUACUUGGAGAGGGGGAACAAGACGCUGCUGCGCACAGACCCCCCGAAGACACACAUCACCCACUACCCCACUUCUGACCAUGAUGUCACCCUGAAGUGCUGGGCCCUGGGUUUCUAUCCUGCGGAGAUCACCCUAACCUGGCAGCGUGAUGGGGAGGACCUGAUCCAGGAAACGGAAGUCCCCUUCUCAGCGCAUUAUUCCCAUGGUGGGCAUUGUUGCUGGUCUGGUUUCCUUUGUGGUCAUCAGUGCUGUGGUGGUUGGAGCUGUCAUAUGGAGGAGGUAGAGCCAAGGUGGAAGAGAAAGGAGUUAUGCUCAGUCUGCAUUGUGAGCCAGCUGCCUCGUGGGGGACUGAGUGAUGCAAGAUUUGUUCACUUUCCCACUUUGUGACCAAUGCCCCUGAUAUCUCUUUCUACAAAGGGCUUCGGCAUGUGUCCUCGUUCCUAUUACCAUAAUGUGAGGAGGAGGAAAAGGACUGAGCUACUCUCUUGCUGCAUGUGAUGACAGUGCCCAGGGCUCUGAUGUGUCUCUCACAACUCCUAAAGUGUGAGCCAGCCACCUUGUGGGGGACUAAGUAAUACAAGGAUUGUGCCCAUUCCUGCUCUUAUUUUGAGCAAUGGGGAACACUUAUAGACUGUGUGGUUAUGAGAGAUCCAAACACCAAGAGCUCCUGAGGCUUUGGGUUUGUCACAUAUGCCACUGUGGAGAAGGUGGAUGCAGCCAUGAAUGCAAGACCACACAAGUUGGAUGUAAGAGUUGUAGAACCAAAGAAGGCUGUCUCCAGAGAAGACUCUCAAAGACCUGGUGCUCACUUAACUGUGAAAAAGAUUUUUGUCAGUGGCAUUAAAGAAGAUACUGAAGGACAUCAUGUAAGAGAUUAUUUUGAACAGUAUGGGAAAAUUGAAGUGAUUGGAAUCAUGACUGACCGAGGCAGUGGCAAAAAGAGAGACUUUGCUUUUGUAAUGUUUGAUGACCAUGACUCAGUAGAGAAGAUUGUCUACAACACCAUACUGCGAAUGGUCACAACUGUGAAGUAAGGAAAGCUCUAUCUAAGCAAGAGAUGGCUGGUGCUUCAUCCAGCAAGGAGAUCGAAGUGGUUCUGGAAACUUUGGUGGUGGUCAUGGAGGUGGUUUUGGUGGGAAUGACAACCUGAUAGUCUGUUAUAGGAUCCAGCUCUUGUCUACACCAGUUUAUACUUACAAAUAAGUGGAGUGGCAUUGUAGGCCGGUGAAGUGACUACUCAAAAUGUCUUUUCCCUGUGUUUGUUCUUACUAGAUUUUAAAGAUCCAGUCUGUGCACUGACAUUUUAUAUUAAUUUUUUAUACUUCCUCAUACUUGGAUAUAUUUCUAAGGAAAGGAUCCCUAACAUUUAUCCAGUUUUUUUUUUGUUGUUGUUUAUUUAUUUUUGAAAGAGAGAGAGAGAGAGAGAGAGCGUGCACAAGCGGGGGAAGGGCAGAGAUAGAAGUGGGACAGGGUAUCUGAAGUGGGCUCUGCAACUGACAGCAGUGAGCCCGAGGAGGGGCUCAAACUCAUGAGCCAUGAUACCAUGACUUGAGCCGAAGUGGUACACUCAACCAACUGAGCCACCCAGGUGGCCCUAACAUUUAUCAGUUUUUACGUAACACCUCCAAAAAGCUUUUUUUUUUUUAAAUCUAGUUUCUUAGUUUAAAGAUAGUUCUACUCAAAUGUGGUCUACAAAUAGCUGAUCAGCAAAUUGUUUAGUAGACUCAAGGGAAUAAUAUAAAUCCUUAUAUUUUGCUUAUAAGGAAACCUUUGUAGAGCUUUCCAGUUUACUCUCACUCUCCAGUUCUCAUGGUGGGCUGGUAACAAAACAUUGUAGACUGGUAUAGACUAGCGUUGGCUCACAGACUACAAAUAGCUUUAGUUUAGAUGGACUUGCUUCCUAGCACCUGUCCUGGUCAGGUAAAUACUAGUUAUUAUCAUUAUUUAAAAAAAUUUUUUUAACGUUUAUUUAUUAUUGAGAGACAGAGAGGCACAGAGCAUGAGCAGGGGAGGGGCCGAGGGAUGGAGAGACACAGAAUCUGAAGCAGGCUCCAUGCUCUGAGUCGUCAGCACAGAGCCUGAUGUGGGGCUCAAAUUCACAAACCGCGAGAUCAUGACCUGAGCCAAAGUCGGACGCUUAACUGACUGAGCCACCCAGGCGCCCCAAAUAUAGUUAUUAUUAAGAAGUUAAUGAGGUUCCAUUUUCAGUAAUGUGGUCUUUUUUAAUUGCAGUAUAGUUGACACACACUGUAACAUUAGUUUCAUGUGUACAACAUAGUGAUUUGACAACUCUACGUGAUGCUAUGCUCACCACAAUGUAUAGCUACCAUCUGUUAUCAUACAAUGCUAUAACAAUACCACUGACUAUAUUCUCUGAGCUGUAGUUUUCACCCCUGUGACUUAAAUAAAAGCCUGUACCUCACA